AUGGCGAACACGCCUGCAGAGAUGGAGCCCGACAAGUCGACAAAGGAAGAUGGGCACGCAGCCAGAGAGGAUGAAGAUGGGAUGGCUCGCGCCAUGACUCUGUUGCCAAGCAUGGGCAGGAAAACGCGGGCGGGAUCAGCAACGAAGCCGCCACCCAAGCCAGCCUCGUACAGACUCCCUGCCGAGCUUCGUGAGAUGGUGUACGAAGCCGUCUUGACGGAGUCGGUUGUGGAAGUCGACCGCACUGGAAGAGAUUUCGUCGAGAAUGAAGAGUGGCGGGAAUUCGCCAGGAACAAGCGCAACUGCAGGCUGGUGUUUGGGCGGCGCGAAGACCAUGUCAUGGCGGCCCUGGUCAUGUACCGCGUGGCGGAUCCCGCGAUGCUGGGGCUGUGGCUGGCGCAACGGCCGCAGUUCAAGACAGUCGUCAGGAGGCUCGAGAUUCACAGCAACCACCACUGGAACUGCGACCACGGGCGGUGCGGGUACAGCGGGGUGGCCAAUUCAGUGUCGCGACACGCGCCGGCCUGGUUCCGGUGGCCGGACAUGGCGCUGAAGGCGAGGCUCCCGCGGCUCCAGGAGGUGCGGCUCGAGGUGCGGUUCGAGAUGGGCUACUUUGUGGGGUUGUGCACGCUCACGAUUCAGCGCGUCGUGUGCGCCGAGACGCGGCGGGCGCUGGAUGAGUGGGAGGAGGCUGUUGCGGCGUGGAACCCCGGGCUGCGGGUGGCGGCCCAAUCGCUGGCGCUGCAACGGGCCGUUUCGAGGUUCCAAUGA